AUGCUCUCCCAAAUGCCCUCGGAGAUCGUCGUCCAUGUCGCAAUAUAUCUUACCACCAUAAGCGAUUUAACAAACCUUGCACAGACAUGCCAUCGACUUCAUAAAAUUUUCAACGCAGAGGAAUCUGCAAUUUUUCGGUCAUUUGUUCAAGAACAGUUUCCAUCAAUCCCUGUUCCGCCUUUCUGGAAAGAUGCAGCUCGUGCCCUCACUGCUCGGUCACGAGCUCUGGACAGACUCGGGAUCAUUGGUCGGUUUGUCAUUCCGCCAGCUACCACAAUUCGAAUUGGGUUGAAUCAACCAAGACGUCUCGAUAAUCCUACGCUUGGAUAUAGACCUUCCAUUGACUCUUAUGAGAUCUGGAAUGGUGAACGAUGGGCUGAUAGAAGAGAAGUGCUCGCUUGGGGCGCAGGCCAUCAGCUAGUCAUGCGAACCAAGCAGUCUGGAUCACGUCCAAAAGAGCAAUGGGUCUCAUUCAAUGACUUGGAGGAAGCGAGCAGCUAUGACGAUAUUUGCGGAGUGCAUUUAAUCCAGCCGGAAUCUGACAAAGACACCGAUGUCGAGCACUUGAUUAUUGGCCGAAUGCGCGGCGAUAUUGUGCAUGUUGCCCUUUCUGUCGACACUGCAACCCAUGAGUAUAAGCGAAAGUUUAUGACUAGUGGGAAUCUUCUCGAGAGAACAGAUGUGGCUGAUCAUACCAUGGCGGCGCAUUUUGACAAUGGGUCUGUUGCCUUGUAUCAACUCGAGAACGAGAACACGAAGGUUGAGCCGUUUGCAUGGGUGGGAUUGGAAGGAGACCAAUCUAGACGAGGCCGCUAUUCGAAGCUUUUGUCAUCAUCAAGGAUCGCAAUGGCCACUGGCCAAAUCAAGGAUUCCCUAUCGAUCAGCACGGUGUCUCCCAAUGGUGUAUGCCUCGAUCGAGAAAUAGGCUUGAAGUCUCUUGAUAUUGAAGACCAAGUUGGCAGAUCUGUUAAUGCCGUUAUUACUGCCAUUGCCUCUCUCAAUAAACAUCCAAUCGCUGGUUCACCAGGUGAUGUCUUCCUAGCGACAUGGGGAGACCGCAAAAUAAGGUAUGUUGGCAAUGAACAGAAUGAAGAUCCGGACCAAGCAACUGAUUUUUUUACUCCCAGACUUCACGAUCUUCGUUCGCCAAAUUCGUAUGAAACAACAUACCUAGAUUCAACCGACGCCAAUAUCAUCUACAGCGUACAACCAUUCGGUCACGAUCGCUUUCUGGCCGGAGCCGCUGGUAACGCAAUUCUUAAAAUCUUCGAUCUUCGCAUGAGCAAGACCUACAGCUACUUGAAUACACAUGUUCCAACCCAAGCUAAAACAUCAUCCAAGCCAACGAAAAAAAACAUUGCGCAUUACCCUCACAAGGAUUUCUCAAUGUUCCUUUCUUCGCAAAUUCCUUCUGUUGCACCGCGAAAUCCCCGGGCCAACAAACGCCGACCCUACAGCGGUCCGAUUUAUACAAUGUCUACACCUUCUCCAUCGUCACCGACUGUCUAUGCUGGGAUCGUUGAUGGAGUGGUUCGACUAGACUUUGCGUCGACAGAUGAUUUGACUGGGCCAGGGCGCGAUUGGUACGAUCAUAAUUUAGAUAUUGGGGUCGAGAUUGGCCAUCCGUCAGUUCCUAUUGAAACGGAGGGUGUGUUGAAAUUGGCUGGAUAUGAGCGUCCGGACUCAGACGAUUUUACUACCACCUCUAAGCUGAGGAGCCAGCAUGGGUUCUGGUAUCCAGACCAGAAGCAUAUCAACCACGGCGCAGGAGAUGGUUGGGAUCGGCGGUGGGAGCCUCUUGAGAAAGCCGGUGCUUGGAGAAGGAAGGAUGGUGGCAGAUAG